AUGCUUGACAAUGGAAAUUUCGUGCUGUAUGACUCCUCUCGUAGGAUUACAUGGCAGAGUUUUGAUUCCCCGACUGACGCUCUUUUGCCCGGCCAACGUCUCCGGCCUGGAGUGGAACUCGUCUCCAGUGCUUCGAAAACGAACCCUGCCAGAGGUAUUUUCCGUCUCGCGAUGCAAACUGAUGGGAACUUGGUGCAAUACCCUGUGGAAAUUUCCGGACCCAGUUAUGCUUACUAUGCAUCAGACACAUGGGGAACAGGCAAUAAUGUAUCACUGAAUCUUGAUAAUGAUGGCCAUCUUUAUUUGCUCAAUGGAAGCUCCAUUAUAAGAAAUUUAACGACAGGACAAUAUCGAAAAAGAACUAUCUACCUCGCGAGAAUUGAUGUUGAUGGUAUUUUUCGACUAUAUUAUCGCUCCUUGGAUCCUCAAGGAAACUGGACUAAAGAGUGGUCAACCUCGGAAGAUAAAUGUGCCCCUUUGGGUUUAUGUGGGUUGAAUGGUUAUUGUAUUCAGUUGGAUACAGUUGCGGAGUGUGAAUGUCUUCCAGGAUUCGAUCAUGUUAAUCCAAGCAAUUGGACCUCAGGAUGCGAGAGGAAUUUUGUCAUGGAAGGUUGCAAAGCCAAGGACCAAAAUGUCAGUUAUGAAAUCAUACCAUUGGAUAACGUAGUGUGGGAAGACGAUAAUUAUGGUGUUUUAGUAAGCAUGACUAAAGAAGAUUGUACAAAAGCCUGUUUAGAGGACUGCAACUGCGAUGCAGCUUUCUUUCAAGAUGGAAACUGCAGAAAGCAAAGGCUUCCAUUGAGAUACGGAAGAAGAGUGCAGAGUAAUCCAACUGUUUCUCUUAUCAAGGUGAACAAAACAGCACCAUCGACUAGAGGAGUUUCGAGUGGUUCGGGCAAAGAAAUCAAGAAAGAGAUUCGUUUAGAUGUCUUAAUUAUAAGCAUUUUGCUUUUUGCUUUAGCGGCCUUCAUCCUGGCGAUUUCUGGAAUUUAUGUCCACAGAAAUCGUCUCUUAAAGAAAGAUCAGACAAACACCUACACAGGGAUAAGAGGAACUCGGGGUUAUGUAGCUCCGGAGUGGCACAGGAAAUUGCCUGUAACAGUUAAAGCAGAUGUUUACAGCUUUGGAAUUGUGCUAUUAGAGAUCAUAUGUGGUAGAAAAAGUGUCGAUUCAAGCCUCUCUCCGGAUGAAGCUAUUCUUGAAGAAUGGGUUUACAACGCUUUCGAGGUUGGGGAGUUGAGUAAAUUGGUGGGAGAAGAGGAGGUUGACGAGAGAAAAUUGGAGAGGCUGAUUAAAAUUGGUAUUUGGUGCAUCCAAGAUGAGCCAUCUCUCCGUCCGUCGAUGAAGAAAGUUCUACUCAUGUUGGAGGGGACUGUAGACAUCCCAUUACCUCCAAGUCCCACUUCUUUCUUAAGUACCAUGUAG